AGCAACGUAUUCUAUGACGAAACUACGUAACAGGAAUGGGUUGGGGGGACGACCGCGUUGGCAGUACGCGAAAGCGCGAAGUUAAUUAAACUUCGGUAUGGCGUUAUUUAUGGCAUGUGCUGCCAAACUUGUAUCAAAGCAAGCUCUGUAAGAUAUUUUAUGUCUUUACGGGAAAACGCCGGUAGCCGAGCGGCCGACGGGGGCCAGCUGCAGAUUUCUGUCGAUGUUCCAAGACUUCAUACGUACUACGAACUCUCUUCAAUGACGAUGUGUGCUUUUAAAUGACUUGCUGUGAGUAUUGGCAAAAACAGUGCAGUGCAUACACUUGAAGUCGGGCGUCACCUCCAAACAUGUUUACGCGCGCUGCGAAGGAACUUCUACGCAACACCAUCAGUAGUGUCGACCACCACAACAGGGUUCUAGAAGAACAGGAGAUGUGGCGUCAAUGGGAGCUGGAGAAGGGUCUCACCAUGAUGGUGUCAGACGAGACUCUGCGUGCACGACAGCAUCACAGGCGAACCCCCAAGCAGUCCUCGAAGCGUCGCCGGUCCCCCCAGCAGCCACUGCCAGCUGUCAGCAGUAGCUCUCAAGAUAGGUGGGGCCACAGUGGCUAUCGGGAGCUCUACCCUGAAGAAUUCAGCCCCCCAAGACACAAGCGGCGUAGACGGUCCUCCAGCCACCACAAGCGGAAGUCAUGUCACCGGAAGUCCCGCCACAAGAAGGCCUCUUCCCAGGAAGGCCGUCGCAGCCGGUCACGCCAUCGUCACCAGCGUAGGGACUCCUCAACCAGCAGUAGCAGCAGUAACGACAACAGUAGCAACUCCAACUCCUCAGACAGCACAAGCAGUAGUGAUGCUGAACUGGUCUGGGAAGAACGCAAGACUUGAACUCUUCUGGUGUGGCAAAAGGGAUAGGUGUGUAACUGCUACACAUGUGGUUCCAUAUUGCUGUGGCAUCCAAGAUGAUGCCAGUGCAAGGUUCAGCAAGCCCAGUUUUCUGACCAUGGUCUAUGUGGCUUGCUGUGGGCUUGCAGAAUGCCGCCAGUGUUUCCUCAUUGUUUACGAGAAACAGUGUGCUGUCCCUUUUCUUGAAAGCUCUUCAAGUUAACUGUUUUCAUUCUAUUUGUGAUUGAGGAUAGCA